UUCCGGGAAAUAAAAAAGUGAAAAAGUAUUUAAAACUCUUUUUACUUAUUAAUUGGAGCACGAUGUCGUUUUACAGUUUUCCCCGUGUUUCUGUUCUUACAUUCGAAACCGAAGCAUCAGCGCAGCUUUCCUUUGCCUGAUAAUCUGUCUCUGCUUCGUUCCAUCUCGCUAUCCUCUACCCUCGACUCUCUGAGACAACCGGUUCGCUCUUGAUUUUGUUCACGUAGCAGGUUGCACGCAGAGUUUGAUGCUCUAAAUUUCAGAAGCUUCGUUUAUGCUUGUGUGCUGGUCCUGCUGGAACUUGAAUUCUCAUCAUAUUCCCUUUUUUGUAUCAUGGAUCCUAAUGGUUCUGGUGAUGAAAAUAGUGAAAGCAAAAUCUACAUUGGUAACCUUGAUCUGAGGAUAACGGAGGCUGCUCUAAUUAAGAUGUUUUCUCCAUUUGGGAAGAUUGUAACUGAGGACUUUUUGUGGCACACUCGUGGCCGAAAACGUGGAGAGCCACGGGGUUUUGCUUUCAUCCAGUAUAGCAGCAAAGAGGAAGCAAAAUUGGCCAAGGAGAAGAUGCAUGGGAGACUAGCUUGUGGACGCCCAUUGGUUGUUCGCGUUUCCAGUGAGAAGUACGCGGUAGAAGCAGCAGAAAAUUCUUCAAAAGGAGCGGGCGAGGCAACCAAAACAAGCCUUUCUGGUAGUAGUUCAGGACAGACGAGUCGGAGCUCGAAAAUAGCAGCAAUCAAGAACAAAUUGAAAGCCUUGGAAGAGGAGGGCUUUAGCGCCAAGAAGCAGAAGCAAACUGACACAUCUUUGCAGUGAUAUUGCUGAUCAUCCAUCUGGCAAAAGUUAACAAACUACGGCGCUAAAUCUUGCUCAAUUUCAAGUUGUAAUUAAUCGAAACUUGCCAGAAUUGAACACAAUACACUUGAUUCAGUUUCAGGAUUUAUCAAAACAUGAGAUGUAAUACAAAAUGACUAAAUUGUCAACCACAGAAUUUGCUCAGCUGUUGGAAUUAUUUAGUUGGUUUAAGAAGGCUUUUUCUUGAUCGAA